AUGCAGAGAACUAUGAACAUCGGAGCUCGCUUGGGUCAGAUUCUGAAAACCCUUUAUCUGUUCGGAAAAUCCGACAUCCCCGUUGUUGUUCCGUCUUCAGUCAAGAACCAAAUCGAUGGCGUGGAAGAGGACCGUCUAGCAAAGGCUCAUCGCCCACUACCAUCCGGACGUAUCUCCCUCGGACGUGCCUGGGUCUUGUACGUCAUGUUGUUUGCCCUUAUGUGGGCAGUGAGUGUCCACGCACGGACCGUCAAGUGUACCUUCGCCUACACGGUGGCCAUCGUGGCAUACAAUGAGGGAGGAUUAGCCAAGGUGCCUAUCGUGAAGAACGGACAUGCGCAAGAUUUUCGGGACCGUUCAGGAGAUGCAUACAUGGACCGGAAGACGAUUCCCCUACUUAUAUCACAACCUGCGGCUCGCUGGUCGCUGGCUGUGCUUAUGAUGGCCUGGACCGUUGGUGUCGUCGCGUUUUGGCAGCCACCCGUUGCGGCCAGUGUAGCCUUGGCAGGGGUAGGCCUCCGUUGUCUUCAUGGAUAUAUCUCAAGCUACGAUGAACGGCAUGACUACGUGUCGUAUUACUGGUAUGGAGUUUGGCUACUUGGAGCCAAUGUACUUCCUCUUUUUGCUCGAUUGAGAGGCGAGACCUAG